GCCUUAAUUGCCUGAAGAAUUUUUGUCUGUCUGGUGAAUGUGUGUUUCUGUGUUGCAUGUCCUUCAGUCCUGCCAUAGUAUUUUUUAUACUACUCAUCUCAAACAUAUUUGCUGAAAGUAGGACCAUAAGCUAAUACUCAGCUUAACAAAUUGCUUGUUCUGUAUAUGUCUUUUUAAAACUCGCACAACAUGGAUUGCAGGGUGCUGUCAAUUCAAAGUCAUGUUGUCAGAGGGUAUGUCGGUAACAAAUCCGCAUCUUUUCCAUUGCAGGUUCUGGGAUUUGAAGUGGACUCUGUUAACUCUGUGCAAUUUUCCAACCAUACAGGUUAUGCACACUGGAAAGGGCAGGUUUUGACAGCGGAUGAGCUCCAUGUUCUCUAUCAGGGUCUUAAACUUAACAAUGUGAACCAGUACGACUAUGUAUUAACAGGUUACACAAGAGAUAAAUCAUUCCUGGAAAUGGUUGUUGAUAUUGUCCAGGAGCUGAAGCGGCAAAACCCGAAUCUUGUUUACGUUUGUGAUCCAGUGUUGGGCGAUCAUGGAUCUAUGUACGUUCCAGAGAAUCUCCAUCCAGUUUACAAAGAGAAGGUUGUUCCAGUGGCGGAUAUCAUUACUCCAAACCAGUUUGAGGCUGAAUUACUCACCGGGAAGAAAAUCAAUAUAGAGAAAGAAGCACUUGAGGUAAUGGACUUGCUUCAUGAUAUGGGACCGGACACUGUGGUGAUCACCAGUUCGGACCUGCCGUCCUCUUUAGGAGAAAAAUACCUGAUUGCACUGGGAAGCCACAAGAAAGUUAAUGCUGAUGGUACUAAAGUGACACAGAGGAUCAGAAUGGACAUCCCCAAAGUGGACGCUGUCUUUGUUGGGACGGGGGAUUUGUUUGCUGCCAUGCUGCUGGCCUGGACACACUUUCAUCCCAAUGACUUGAAGAUGGCUUGUGAGAAAACUGUGUCUGUCAUAUAUCAUGUCUUAAAGAGGACAAUCGCAUGUGCCAAAGGCAUGGCAGGAGCUGGGAAGAAGCCGAGCGCGGCUCAACUGGAAAUGCGGAUGGUACAGAGCAAGAAGGACAUUGAGAACCCAGAGAUUGUAAUACAAGCCACUGUGUUAUAAGCAUCACAUAAACCCCAAUACUGCACAAUGUAUAGGUGUUGUAAAUUUGAUCUGUAAUGUGUAAUUUACCUUAGAUCUUUUACAAAGCACAAAAUUUCCACGAGUCAAGCAGGAGGUUAAAGGCAAGAAAAACUAUGGGCCAGUACAAAACUAUAUUGUUGAACAGAAAGAUAGCAAUUCGGUUCCCUUUUCUCAGCCAUCUUUACUUCUUAGAGUUGUAUUAACCUAUUUCCAACAUUAACAUGUAGUCUCCCAAUAAAGGUUAAAUAAAUAGGUGACCAAAAGGUUGCAGUUCAAAUCAGGUAUAUUAUCUUAGUUUGAAUUACCUAUAAUAAUUGUAAAAACAGGAAACAUUUUUGUUGUACCUAAAUUUGAUGACACCUUUUCCAAACAUUUACAUAUUUAGUAAGUCAAAGGGGGUAAUAUUUUUUAUGGCCAGGAAAAAAAGAGGUUAAUGCAGCUCUGAAAUAUAUUCUUCAUACUGCUUUACAUGAACCAGUGUACUGUACUUGUAUGAGUGUGUUCCUUUGAGGGUGGACGGGGGUAUCUACUGUAGUUUGGGGCUACAAAAAUGGAGCAAAAAACUAAUUGAUUUUAUCAAGGUUUAAAAAGAUAUUGUGUUCUCAUAAAAAACAUAUAUCCAAUUUGGACAAAGGACUGCUUCACAUGAAAGUAGACUAAAUAAUAUAGAGAUUGAAAUACAGAAGACUUGCACAACAUAUUUUACAAGACACAGGUGGUUUAGUAAAAGCCAAGUAAUCAACAUGAAGACAUCUUGCUUUUAAUCUCGUCAUGACAUUUAUUUUUCUAAUAGUUGAUGUGCUUCAUUUGAAUAAAAAUAGAACAUUCAAAGUAAUCUUACCUUAAAUCACUUCCAUUUGAGAGAUUGAUUUAUUUGAUACUAAUUAUACUCAUUUUAACUGUGAUUUUAAAAAAGAUAAUUAUUGUUGUUGUUUUUCAGUUCACAUCCACAUCAGUUUAUGAUUCAGAGCUGUGCUCUAGGGAAUGGUUCUUCAGUUUGAAUCAAGUAAGAGGAAGCAAUGACAGACAGUGGAUAUAGGGAACCUACAGCAGGCAUUAACAUUACAUGAUAAUAAGGGGGAGUUUAGGAAGCAAUACUGUAAAGCUGGUCAUAAGGUAAUAAGCAUGAUUAAUCAAAAGAUCAUAGAAAAAGCAGUAUUGCCUUUUAUUAAUUAGUCGUCUUCAGCUGAUAUCCCUCAACCUUCCCAUAUCUGUAACUGUCUGUUAACAUUUAAACAGUAUCUCAUAGUUUGUUGUUUUUUAAUGGAAGAAAAGUAUUUGACUAGUAAAAUUAGUUUUUUGAGUAAGACUAUUUUAUAACAUGUUUCAAUGAAGAUUGUAUUGUACAAAUCAGCAUUUAUA